AUGUUCAAGCUGUCCCUUUGCCUUAUUGCCGCUCUGGUCGUUUGCGCCCAAGCAAACUAUGAAACUGAUGUGUUGAGAUCAGAAUCGGAAGUCAAUGUUGACAGUUUCAAUAUCGCCCAAGAGUUGGCUGAUGGCCAAAAACAACUACAGAAAGGACAGCUGAAGAGUGUAGGCGAGGAACAAGCCCUUGUCCAACAAGGAGAAUUCGGCUGGACCGCUCCAGAAGGAAACCAAAUUUCAGUCAGCUACGUCGCUGAUGAGAAUGGAUAUCAACCUGUUGCCGAGCAUUUGCCCACACCUCCUCCAAUUCCUGCCUACAUCUUGAAGGCAAUCGAAUACAUCAAUGCUCACCCACCAAAAGAAUAG